AUGUCCGCGACGCUGGCGGAUCCGUAUCGAGACUAUGCCAUUGACUACUCUCAACAUGCUACCUGCAAACCUGAGGAACAUGAAGGCACGCUCGUAUAUCACACCCAGCAGCCGCAUAUUCAGCACGCGAAACAGACAGACCCGUCUUUCACUUCUGGAAGCUCGCACGGCGCAGCAUAUGAGCAGCACCAUGCGAAUGCGACCGUACUUCCAACCGCGACACCACAAUCCGCAGUCCCCGAUAUCUCACAGGCAGUUGUCCUCAACCAGGCUCAAAUGCUUCCCCGUCAGAUUCCGGUGCAGUACGCAACCGCCGGGUUUGACCUCGCGUCGUCCGUCCAGCGUGGCAAGAAAAGGCCUCAUUCCGAGACUGGCCCAGAGGGCGGUAACACAGAGCAUGGAAUCAGACAGAUGCCAGUCCUUCCACCAGACGCCUCUUCCGAACCGACCCAUUCUCCUGAAAUGCUCUUCUCCGUACAUGGAGAUUCCGCGCAGCACCAUCAUCCAAUGCAAGGCCACGGGUUCGGGCCAACUGACCCUAUGGCCUUGCCGCAGCACCACCAUCACCACCAUCUCCCACCGCACGCGUCGCUUCGCGCAGCCGAGCGUCAGGGUAUGAAUGUCGAGACAUCACCUCUGGCGUCUGGCCCGCCAAGUGUCGUGGGUCAGCCAGGGAUGCCCGAUCCGGCGCCUCGACCGCGAGGCCCCAAACUCAAGUUUACGCCAGAGGAGGAUGCUUUACUCGUGGAGCUGAAAGAAAACAAAAACUUGACAUGGAAGCAAAUAGCCGAUUUCUUUCCUGGCCGAACUAGCGGGACCUUACAGGUCCGUUAUUGUACCAAACUCAAAGCAAAGGAUGUGGCCUGGAGUGAUGAAAUGGUGCAACGCCUGCGGCGCGCUAUUCAGGAGUACGAAAACGAUCGCUGGCGUAUAAUAGCUGGAAAGGUUGGCAAUGGAUUCACACCAGCGGCCUGUAGAGAAAAGGCAACACAGCUAUAA